GCCUGUGGCGUGUUCAUACUUCAUUGUUCGGCCGACCGUCUUCCAGGAAACAGGCCAGCCAUGUCGCGGGUCCUCUUCGUCCUGCUCUCCUUUGCGGUCAUCACAGUACCUGCAACAUCUUCCCAAAUUCCGUGUCAUAUAAUAACAGCCAGCAGGACCAUACGGCCAGACCAGAUAUACACAAUCGGAGUACACAUUUGCUCAGAAGAAGACGUGACUGUAUCGUGUAGCAUUCAUAAAGAGACAGAAUUAAUUGCAUCGGCUAAAAUUACAAUAUAUCCUGGCGGUGUGCAAACAAUACCACUGAAGAUUCCAGCUAGUAUAUCAAAAGGCAAUUACAAGUUGGUGAUAUCUGGAAUGGUUCAUCAUUCACACCGAGUUUUCCAUAAUAUAACAGAACUUGACUUUAGCCCUGAUCACGUUUCUUUGGUGAUCCAGACAAGUCGUCCAAUAUAUACUUGUUUACAAACAGUCCGUUUUCGUGUAAUUGCUCUUGACACUGAAUUGUCAGCAUUUGACGAUGCUUUGGAAAUUACAAUUCUUGACCCUGAUGGUUUUGUGAUGAAAAGAUGGCUAUCUGUGUUCACAAAUAAUGGCAUUGCAAGUUUAGAAUUUGACCUACCAGUUUUGGCCAAGGAAGGAUUUUGGAAAAUUAGAACUAAAGUACAUGAACAAAUAGAAGAUCAAUUGAUUAAAGUAAUCAAUUACUUUCCUCCCUUCUUUGAGGUAUUUGUUGAUACACCUAAAUAUAUUUCCCUAAACGAUGGAGAGUUCAGUGCUGAUAUUUACGGGAUGUUUCCGACUCAAGAGUAUAUAAAGGGGAAUGCGACAUUGCGUCUUUCUCGAAGGAUGCAUAACUCAAAACAUGAAGAACUCGUCUGGUCGCAGAAAAUAUUUAUUAAACAUAAAACUUUCAAACUCAAUUUGCCAAUAAAAGAUUACAUUAAUCAUUGGGCUAAAGAUGGAGGAGAAUUGAAAUUAGAUGUAGAAAUGACUGAUUUCCUCUACGGCUCAACCUCAUCAGGAUAUUCUGUUUCGAAAAUCGUACCUUUAGAUGUUAAAAUGAGAUUUUUGUCAAAAGGAGCAGUGUUAUUCAAAGCCCCUUUUCCUUUUAUGCUUUAUCUUUCUAUCGAAUACAGUGACGGAAGUUUGAUCGAGCCUGAAACAUUAAAUGAAUCAGAGAUCAAAAUAACCAUCCAGUUUCAAAAUGAGGAAAGGCCACUUAGUAACAUCAAAUUGCAAUUAUAUCCUUUUGAUUUUAUCAGCACUUCCGAUUACCUCAUCCCAGAUAUUGAUUCUUUGGAAACUUUCACCCAAAAGGGAGUCUUGGGCAUGAAAGUGAUACCAGAACCUGAAACUGAAACAAUAAAAAUCCAAGCUAGUUUUUCCAGGAAUGAAAGUUCCAUAGCAGAAGCAGUAGUUUUUUGUAAAUCCAACAGAGAAAAACACGGAAAUAUAAAGGUGUCAACAACUACUACCACACCCGUGGUAGGCGAAUAUUCAGUUUUCCAUGUCAGUACAGAUGUCGUUAUUCACAGUUUCCAGUACUUAAUUGUAUCCAAAAACAGCAUAUUAUUAGCUGGUGAAAAAAUUGUUAAUGAUGUAUUGCCCACAAUCACAUCAUUCAGCAUACCAAUGAGUGCUAAUAUGGCACCGGGUUUCAGAAUUAUUGUAUUUUCAAGGCUUGGCCAGAUUUUAAUUUCUGACAGCCUUUACCUACCUAUGAAUGGAUUCAAUCGUUAUCAGAUGGACCUCGUCCUCAACCAAGGCAAAGACCAUAAAGGAGACAUUGUGGAGAUAAUUGUAAGCGGAGAUGAAGGUGCUUACAUAUCAGUGAAUUCAGUGAGGGCUAUUGCCUACAAACUACAAGCAGGAAAUGAGCUUUCUAUGUCAAGAAUGACAGAAAGCCUGAUGGCUUUUGAAAGAUUCAAAAGUCAUUUGAACAAGGUUGAGAGAAAUUCAAGAAAUGGUGAAAGCCCAAAAGAGAUCACUUAUUAUCAAACUUGGGACUACGGAAUAAACACCACACACACUUUCACUUUAGCGGGACUCGUUUUAUUUUCAAAUUUAGUACAAAAUGAUAAAGGUCGUGAAAUAGAAUGUAUUGGUAUUUUCCAAUGCUAUAGAGGAGGAUGCUUCAAUGAGACUCAACUUUGUGAUGGGAAAAAGGAUUGUCGUGAUGGAUCUGAUGAGCUAAACUGCAAUCCAAAAUUGGUGUAUGAUGACUAUUUAUUUUCUAUAACAAGGCUAAGCCCAUCACAAUUUCUAUUCGAUUCUGACUACGGAGACUGGGGUUGGAGAGAGAUAAAAAAAAACGACCAUGAAGGUGAUGAAUACGAACUUGUAAAUGCACCUGUAGUUGCAGACGAUUGGUACAUCAACGCAUUCAGCAUCAGUUCCCGACUAGGGUUUAGUAUUAUAGAAAGCCCAGUCAAAUAUUCCUCAACUCGAAAAUUCUCAGCUCAUCUAACUGGGCCGAGUGAGUGCAGGAGGGGUGAGCAAGUUGGACUCAGGCUUCUUCUUUACAAUCAUGAAAACUUAAGAACUCUUGCAUUUGUUAGAUUAAUUCAUUCCUCAAGCUAUAAGUUUGUAUAUGUACCUAAUGGAGGAAUUGUAACAAGUUAUAACGCCCAGCUACUUGGUGGCGAUCACCAUAUUCUCAUUUAUAUUCCUGCAUCAGAGCAAGUGAGAAUUGAUGUUCCGAUAUCACCGACAAUCGAAAUUGGUGAAAUUGAAGUGCAAAUAACUGCAACUGCCCAUGCCACUCUAAGUUCAGUUUCACAUACAAUAAAAGUACUCCCUGAAGGAGCUCGUAUUAGAAGGCAUACUUCCAAUGUAAUUGAUCUAAAAAACAGAGCUCUUGUUAAAACAUACUUCGACAUUCCUGUAGAAGAGACUCCAAUCAUUCCUUAUUCUGAGUGGAGAAGAUUUAUUUAUGGGAGUCCCCAGGGCCAUGUUUCUGUUACUGGAGAUAUCAUAGGCCCUAUGAAAGAAGUGGAAAGUCUGAAUACAUUUUCAUUACUGGGACAUCACGGGAAAGGAACAGAAGCACUUGCGUUUGAGUUUGCAUUCAGCAUCCUCACUGUCCACUAUUUCAGAUUGACCAACCUACAACUUGAGCUAGACGAAUUUAAAAAGCGGUUAAAUCAUGCAACCGUGCUUUAUGCCGGAAUAAUGAAAAGAUUCCAUCCGGAUGGCUACUUUACAAAUUGGGAUUCUGGGCAGUCGAACGUAUGGUUAACAGCUUGGGUCGUGAGGAUACUUCAGAGCGCUAUAUACGCAGAUUGGGAAAAUAUCCUAUACAUCGACAGGAACAUAUUUAUGCUCUCCUUACAAUGGCUUGCCCGUAUGCAGUCCCCAAAUGGAAGCUAUUCUGAUAUUGCUUACUACAACCAAUUGCACAAUAAGAAAACACAAAGUGAUGUAGCUUUAACAGCUCAUGUAUUAAUUUCCUUGAACAAAUGUUCACAAUUCGUUGAUGGACCUGUAAGAAGGGAUGUAAUCAAGGCGAUAAACAAUGCUGUUACUUAUCUUGAUAUCGCAGUGUUGGAAGAAAAUGAUCCUUAUAGUUUAACUAUUGCUUGCUAUGCAUUAACAUUAGCCCAAAGCGAUACAUCACUUCUUUUUAUAAGAAUAUUAAAUCUAACACUUUACGAUAAUGACAACAACCCAUACUGGGCACGUCAGCCAGUUAUGGGGAAUCCAGUAAAAAUAGAAAACCAGAGGCCGUUCAUCCAGCCAAGGCUGUAUUCAGAAGGUGACUCCAUUGCUGUAGAAACUACAGCGUAUUUUUUGCUGAUACUCAUCAGCUUGGAAGGUAUAACGCCUAUGGUAGACAAAACUGUGUUAUGGUUGAACACGAUGAGGAUGUCGGACAAUAGUUUCAUUUCCAAAACAGAUACGAUAAUCGCUUUAGAAGCACUGACUGAGUAUGCGAACAGAGCAAGGCUCAUGGAUAUAACUAAAAUGGCCAUUUCAAUUGACAGCUCUGCCGAUUCAGAGUUGACACAUAUUCUACACAUUGGAAAUAAAUCUCUAAUGAAUAAAGAAAUAGAACUUAGAAGUAUCUGGGGUCAUUUAAACAUCCUGGGCCAAGGUGCUGGAUUGGCUCUUGUACAAAUGGAUCUGUCGUACGGUGUUGACGUUGACACUUUUCUUGACAAACCUACCAUAGACAGCUUCAGUCUUAGCAUAAAUGAAUAUUAUAUGGAAGAAAGGAACAAGUCUGCAAUAAUAAUUGAAGCCUGCACUAGAUGGCUCCGCGCAUGGCCUAACUCUUCUGGAGCAGCUGUUUUAGAGAUUGACAUCCCAUCGGGCUAUCAAUUAGUCGAGUCUGAAGCAGAACGGCUAGCCCUGUACAGUUCUCAUCCUACACUGAAGGAUGCUCGGAUUCUUCCCUCAAAAACAAUAUGGUUUUUUGAUUAUAUACCAAAAGAGAAAUAUUGUUUUAACCACACGGUAAGGCGGUGGUUCCCAGUUGCCAAUAUGACACUUCACAGACAAGCCUUAUUAUUUGAAGAGAAUAAAAGAGAAAAUUUCGUCCAAGUUUUGUUUAACUCGACACCCCUUUACACGCUGAGCAUCUGUGAAGUCUGCGGCUCUUAUCAAUGCCCAUAUUGCCCAUACUAUAAUUCAGUAAGCAUUCUAGCACCAAGGCCAGUAGAUUUUGCAAUUUUAAUUCUGAUUAUUUUCACAUACGAAAACUUGCUAUAAAUCAAGCCAAUUUUGAUUGGUUGAAUAAUUAGGUUAUUAUUCUAGCUCAAAGUUACAUUUAUUAUUUAAGGGUGAACAAGCUAUGAUGUUUUAUGACCUCACUUGUUAAUAAUACACCUCACAAAUUACCCUCCAAAAAACUAAAUUAAAUAUGUAUUUGAAUAAAUGUUUAUAUUAUAAAUAAAUACUUAAGUUAUUUUUAUAAUAAA